AUGUCCAUGGAGGUUGAGGUUACAGAGACUGUGCGCAUCCGCCCUAUAGCCAUAGUCGGAACAGCUUGUCGAUUCCCAGGUGGUGCCUCCUCCCCUUCCAAGCUAUGGGAGCUGCUGUCCCAACCAUUCGACGUGUUGACCAACCCGCCCCCUGAGAGGCUCAAUCUCUCCCGAUUUUACCACGAAAAUGGAGAACAUCAUGGAAGUACCGACGUCCAAGGGCGUGCAUAUUUCCUGUCUGAAGACAUUCGGCUCUUUGACGCUGCCUUCUUCAGAAUCAACCCCAAGGAGGCCGAGGGCAUGGAUCCUCAACAGCGGAUCCUGCUUGAAACAGUCUACGAAGCUUUGGAGGCGGCCGGCUACCCUCUGGAGGCUGUCAGUGGCACGAGAACAUCAGUCCACGUGGGAGUAAUGAACGCCGACUAUACCGAUAUCCAGUCCCGCGAUCCCGAAACAAUGGCAUCGCAUCACGCUACUGGCACGACACGAAGCAUGCUCUCCAAUCGAAUAUCGUACUUCUUCAACUUCAAAGGGCCUUCCGUCACAGUGGAUACCGCCUGUUCUAGCUCUCUUGUUGCCCUGCACCAGGCAGUCCAGGGUCUGCGCUCUGGUGAUGCCACUGUUGCAGUAGCUGCAGGGGCAAAUCUCAUUUUGGAUCCAGCAAUGUUUAUUGCUGAGUCCAGCUUACACAUGCUCUCCCCCGAUUCUCAGUCCAGAAUGUGGGACAAGUCUGCGAAUGGGUAUGCUCGAGGAGAAGGCUUCGCAGCAGUGAUUCUGAAGCCCCUCGAUCGGGCUAUUGCAGACGGUGACCCUAUCGAGGGCGUUCUGCGCGAGAUCUGUGUCAACUCCGAUGGUCGCUCGGAGAAAGGCAUCACGAAUCCCAACUCUCUCGCACAAACGGCACUGAUUCGAGAGACGUAUCGCAGAGCUGGGUUGGACAUCACUGAGGACAGAUGCCAAUAUUUUGAAUGCCACGGUACUGGUACCCUAGCAGGAGAUCCUGUAGAGGCACGAGCAAUUCGAGAUGCCUUUUUUCCUAUAUCACAAGAACCUCGAGAGUCUCCGCGUAUACCUAUGUACGUGGGAUCCAUCAAAACAGUGAUUGGCCAUCUCGAGGGUUGUGCAGGAUUGGCGGCCGUUCUCAAGGCAUUGGGUGCCAUCAAACACCGGACCAUCCCCCCAAACCUCCACUUCCACGAGCUCAAUCCCGAUCUAUUACCCUUCUGUCAGAAUUUGGAGGUCGUCACCGAGGCUCUACCUUGGCCAGAACCAAUCAAGCCUACAUCACCCCUACGUGUAAGCGUCAACAGCUUUGGAUUUGGUGGGACGAAUGCACACGCGAUCAUCGAAGAAUAUCAUCCUACUGAAGAAGACACUCGCUCGAGGAUGCCGCACAAUGAGCAAGCGGUCUUCAUUGGACCUCUGGUUGUCUCGGCUCAGUCGGAGAAAUCCCUCGUAUCAUCAGUUGCGACUCUGGUCGAGCACAUACGCAGUCACCCAGACAUGGAUCUGGAAGAAGUUGCCUGGACUUUGCAGUCACGGCGCUCUGUGCUGGAGCACAAAGCAUUCUUCUCCGGCUCCACCAGAGAUCGACUACUGCAUUUUAUGGACCGAUUUGUAGCCGAGUCCGGCGGGAGCAGUGUGAUCGUACCGCAGAAAAGACCAAACACCGAGGAGCCGGGCAUUCUGGGCGUUUUCACGGGCCAGGGCGCGCAAUGGGCAUCUAUGGGGAGAGGUCUUGCCCUGAGAUCAAGUGCUUUUCGCCAAUGUAUCAAACAAUGCGAGGAGACAUUGAAUGCUCUACAGGAUCCACCGGCUUGGUCUUUGUACGAGGAGAUGAUGGCAGAAGAGUCAGCAUCCAGAGUCGCCGAGGCUGCAAUUUCUCAGCCUCUGUGCACAGCCAUACAGAUCGGGCUCGUGGAGCUGCUCUGGAAAGCGAAUAUCGCACUGAAUGCCGUGGUCGGACACUCCUCUGGCGAGAUUGCAGCUGCCUAUGCUGCAGGUGUAAUCAAUCAAUCUGCUGCUAUGCAAAUCGCUUACUAUCGCGGGUUCCAUGCGAAACUGGCUGCUGGAGCGCAAGGACAGUCUGGCAAGAUGAUGGCUGUGGGCAUGUCAUAUGGAGAGGCAUUGGACUUUUGCUCCAGCUCUCCUUUCCACGGCCGUAUUGCAGUUGCGGCAAGUAAUUCACCUUCGAGCGUCACGCUGUCUGGAGACAAGGAUGCCAUUGAAGAAGCCAAGUCCCGUCUUGACGACGAGAAAAUCUUUGCACGAGUUUUGCACACUGACACAGCGUAUCAUUCGCAUCACAUGGCACCGUGCAGUAUGCCCUACCUUGCGUCCUUGGUGGCGUGCAACAUUGAGGUUUCGGAGCCAAGAUCGGAUUGCACUUGGAUCUCGAGUGUGUACGGCGAAGUAUACGCCAGCGAGUUUUCCCGUCUGAAGGAUCAAUAUUGGGUGGACAAUAUGCAGAACCCAGUCAUGUUCUCACAAGCUAUCGAGACCUCGAUUUGGAACGGGGGCCCCUUUGACCUUUGUCUCGAAAUCGGCCCUCAUCCUACCCUGAAGGGACCCGCUGAGCAAACGUUCAAGGCUGCUCUGGGUGUUGCGCCAGCCUAUGCGGGUGUAAUGCGGCGCGGUGACGAUGAAGUCGAGGCUCUAUCAGGCGCCCUGGGAUUCUUGUGGUCGCAGCUUGGGCCAGAGCACGUGAGUUUCGACGACUAUCGCGCUGCGUUCGAUCUCUUCACUCCGUUGUCUGUGCCGAGCCUGCCGAGUUACUCCUGGGACCACCAGCAACCAUUUUGGAGGGAAUCUCGCAUCUCGCGGCGUUAUCGGCUCGGACAAGAUUCAUUUCACGAGCUUCUGGGGCGUCGAGCACCAGAUGACUCGGACGACAGCCCGCGAUGGAGGAAUAUUCUCCGAAAUGGAGAGAUCGCGUGGUUGAAGCAACAUGUCUUCCAAGGCCAAAUUCUUUUUCCUGGAGCUGGAUUUGUCGUCAUGGCCCUCGAAGCUGCCCGACAGCUGGCAGGUGACCGCACCGUUGCGCUCUUCGUUUUGGAGGACAUUGUUCUAUCACGAGCCAUUGUGAUCCCUCCGGGAUCAAUGGGUGUAGAAGUCAUUUUCAGCUGCGAUAUGACGGAGCAAUCCAGCAGCAAAGAGAUUCUGGCGGCCAAUUUUGCGAUUUCAUUUUGCUCCGAAGAGACCUCCCACCUCGGAUUGACAAGAGCAUGUCACGGUCGGAUGAGGGUCCAUUUGGGACAGCCAUCGUGCAACGUGCUUCCUGCGAGGUCGGCUCAAGCGUCCAGUAUGGUGCACGUGGACACUGGCAGGUUCUAUACCUCCAUGGCGAAGGUCGGCUUGGACUACCGCGGACUGUUCAGUGGAAUGCGGAGUGCCACCAGAGCGCUUGAUAUUGCAACUAUCUCUGCCUCGUGGAAUCAGUCACACGUAGGUCGGGAGUACAUGAUCCAUCCUGGCGUCCUCGACGUCGCUUUCCAAGCGUUAUAUGUGGCAUUCUCCUCUCCUGCGAGUGGUCAUAUCUGGGCCCCUUAUUUACCAGUCCACAUAUCAAAGUUUUCGUUGUCCCCAGCAGCGUUGCGAGCUUCCCCAGACACGGUAGAUCUUGACAUGGAUGCUUUUGUGGAGACGGCGACGUCCACUCUCCUGGCGGGUGAUAUCAGCGUGUACCAGACCGGUGGACAAGAUGCCCUCGUGCAGGUUGAGGGGAUUGCUAUGCAAGCCGUGUCGGAGCCUGCACCAGAGAAUGACAAAGUCAUGUUCUCUAGCACCGUAUGGACCCAAGACAUCACCUCGGGACCAUCUGAACUAGCUCAAGAGCCAGACGAUGAUGCUCUUGUUCAAGCUCUGGACCGAGUCUCUCUCUACUACUGGCAUAAGCUAAUUCGGGAACUAAGUGAAGACGAUAUCUUGCGCUGCAAUUGGUAUCAUAGACAUAUGCUCAAGGUUGCGAAUAAGGCGGUCCAAGCCACCAGGAAUCAACAACAUCCCAUCACCAAGAGCGAAUGGCUUCUGGACUCGGAAGAGACAAUUACAGAAGUUAUCGAGCGUUACCAAAACCGAGCAGACAUGAGACUGAUCUGCGCUGUCGGUGAGAAUCUCGAAGAUGUGUUGACGAAAGACAAGCACGUCUUGGAGGUAAUGCUCCAGGAUGACCUGUUGAACCGUUUCUACCUGGAAGGCUAUGGCUUCGCAACCAUCAACAGAGCUCUUUCUGGUACAGUUCAGCAGAUCGUGACCAAGUUCCCUCAUGCCAAAAUACUGGAGAUUGGCGCAGGCACCGGAGGCACCACUCGCAGCAUCUUGGACGCCAUCGGGCAGAAAUACAGCACGUACACCUAUACAGAUAUCUCGCCCGGCUUCUUCUCCAAGGCAGCUGAAACCUUUUCUGACUCCAGCGAUAAAAUGGAAUUCAAGGUUCUCGAUAUCGAGAACGACGUUGCCGGACAGGGCUUUGAACGUGGAGAAUAUGAUAUUGUCAUCGCUGCAAAUGUCCUGCAUGCAACGCGAUGUCUCCAGGAGACCAUGUGUAAUGUACGCUCGCUCCUCAAACCCGGUGGCUAUCUCGUCAUGAUGGAAAUCACUGGACUGGAAGUCCUCAGGACACAAUUCAUUAUGGGUGCUCUACCUGGCUGGUGGUAUGGUGCUGCAGAGGGCCGCGAUACGUCGCCAGCCAUCUCAGAGCUCGCAUGGCACGAGCUGUUACGCGAUGCGAAUUUCUCUGGCGUAGACCAUAUUCUGCACGAUAUGCAGGAUACACCACGGCAUUCGUUCUCUCUCAUCCUCUCCCAGGCCACCGAUGCGACUAUUGAUAUGAUCCGGGAGCCACUACUCGGAUUGCAGAGAGUGGAAAUACCACCAAAUCUUGUGGUCGUUGGAGGAAAGAAUCUGGCUGGAGUACGCAUUGUGGGCGAGAUUCAAAAGAUCUUGUCUCCUUGGAAGAGCUGUAUUACUAUUCUCAAAGACGUGGAUGAAUUUGUUCAAUCUCCACCACCGCUGCAAAGCUGCGUGCUUGUGCUGCAAGAGCUGGAGAAGCCAUUGUUUGACAGUAACAUCACAGAGACUCGGCUUCAGGCGCUUCAGACACUGUUUGGUACCGCUAAAAUGAUUCUUUGGACGACGAGCGGGAGGUUCUCAGCCUCUCCUGCGUCCAAUAUGGUUGUUGGCAUGGGAAGAUCUCUUGCCACUGAGAUUCCCGAUCUCGUCCUGCAAUACCUGGACCUUGACAGUAAUCAUCGCACGCCCGCUGGAGAUGCAAGAAACAUUGUCAAUGCUUUCUUUCGCCUCUAUUUCACCACAUUCUCUCAUCACUCAACCGACAGUGAUCGACUGUGGACAGUGGAACCUGAAAUUCGAAUGAUCGGCGACGAAGUCUGGUUGUCUCGCGUGCAGCCCCAUAGGAAUCUCAAUGAUGUGUAUAAUGCUGAGAGACGUUGUAUUACACACCAAGUUGCGCCGCGCAGGGACUGCGUUGAACUCAUAUCGGGCGCAGGUGGACUCGAAUUACAAUUGAUGCCUCCUGGCUUGCCAGAGACACAGUCAACCGACACGGUCCGAGUGCAAGUCGAAUAUACUGUGCUUCUCGUUGCAUCGGCUACGCAGUCUGUCUAUCUGGUAUACGGUGUCAUGGCCGAAUCCGAACAAAUGGUUUUGGCGCUCAGCCAGCAUAACGCUUCCCUGUUGCAUAUCUCCAAGCACAAGCUUGUCACUCUUGACCAAGACGCAGCCAUGGUAGCCACCACGCAACUUUUUGCUAUCGGGAUCCAAUUCAUGAGUCUCGUGCUGCAAGACUGGGUGCCAUCAAAUGGCAGCAUCAUGUUUCACGAGAUCCCUCAGGCCCUUGCCGUAGCCAUGGCUUCUAAUAGCGAAAAGGCAAUGCAUGGCUGGGUCUUUACCACUUGCGAUGAUCAGCGUCCUGUCGACCUUUACACUCGAUUACAUCCGGCUUCGACGCGCCGUCAACUGAAGAAAUCACUCCCUGCUAACACGACCGGCAUGAUAAGCUUCUCAGACAGACCAGAUCUCAAUAUCGUCUCUCUCAUGUCCCCGAACUGCGAGCACCUGACAGUGGACGGAUUUGCGGCAUUAUUGAACAGCGAAAAUCACAUCAGACAUCUCCAGACAGCUGUCAAGUCGGCUCCAGCAUCUUCAGGAGCCCGCGAUUCAGGAGACUUACAUAUCAUACGAGCGGAUGAUAUUGGAGCUGCUUCCAUGAAAGCGAUGUCCCUCUGCACAAUCACAGAUUGGACUGAUGCGAGAUCUCUGAGUGUCCGUAUGUCUGGAUUGUGCACGGCGAACAUGUUUUCUUCUUCCUAUACCUAUCUAUUGGUCGGAAUGACUGGAGAGAUUGGACUGUCACUGAGCCGAUUCAUGGUCACCAACGGAGCGCGGCACAUAGUCCUAGCGAGCCGAAAUCCAAACGUGAGUCCUGCAUGGCUUGACAAUAUGCGUCAAGAAGCAGGUGUCAACGUUCAGGUCGUCCAGAUGGACGUGGCCAGCAAAGGCUCGGUAGAAUGUGCACUUGACAAAGUCCGCAGCUCGAUGCCCCGAAUUGCUGGCGUGUGUAAUGGCAGCAUGGUUCUGUCUGAUAAAUUAUUCCUGGAUAUGGAUGUGCAGAGCCUGGAGACCUGCUUACGUCCCAAAGUGGACGGCUCUCGCAUCCUCGAUGAAGCACUCGGGAGAGAGGAGCCUCUUCAAUUCUUCAUUCUCUUGUCUUCACUCGCGAGUAUCAUUGGAAACGGCGGGCAGUCCAAUUACCAUGCCGCGAAUAUGUUCAUGUCCAGUUUUGCAGCCGGACGUCGUGAAAAGGGGCUGGCGGCCUCGACGUUGCACAUCGGUCUGGUCACGGAUAUCGGAUAUGUUGCUCGAGCCGGAGUCAUGAUGGAGGAGCGCCUCCGCAAAUUAUUCUUUAUGCCGUUAUCGGAAUCCGAUUUGCAUCAUGCAUUCGCUCAAGCCGUUCGGGCUGGAGAGCCAGAUUCCGGCCAAGAAGCAGAUAUCAUCAUCGGGCUGGAAUCCUUCACCAAAUCGGAAACUGCAACUGUACGACCUCCAUGGGAGCGCAAUCCUCAAUUUUCGCAUUUUGUCCAUUUCGAUACUACCCCCAAACAGCAUUCCUUGGUCGAUUUUGGGCAGGUCAACACGAAGCAGAGACUAGAUGCAGCUGACACGGACGCGACGAGGUUAUCCAUUAUCGAGGAGUGCUUCUCCCGAAAACUGGAGAUGAUGAUGCAGCUUCGGCCUUGCAGCGUCAAUGUCAAUGUGCCACUCAUCGAUCUGGGCUGCGAUUCACUACUAGCUAUUGAGAUCCGAGGCUGGUUCUUGAAGGAGCUUCAGGUCGACUUGCCGGUGUUGAAAGUGCUUUCAGGGGAUACCAUUUCCGAGUUGUGCAGCGAAGCAACGAAGCGAUAUCUGGCAUCGAAACUCGUCUCCGUGGACAAGCCGGCUUCUUCUGCCGAGGCUAGCUCAGGCGAUAGCAGUCAUGGCGAUGAGGUAGACUCGAGCUCCAGCGGCGAGGGACAAGCACGCGAUGACAGCAAAUGUGGUUCGACACGGGCGACAUCUGAUACAGACAUCUCCCGCCCCUCAAGUCCCCCUGAUACGCCUGCCUCCAAGCCUGAGCCGUUGGCAGAUCCGGCUCCCGACCCCGACCGAGUUCAAUCCUCUGCGCCGCUUUCGAAGCAGUGUCAUGCAUCGCACGCCCAGUCCCGUCUGUGGUUCUUGUCUCAGUAUCUGAGUGAUCGAACCACGUACAAUGUGACGGUCGCCUAUGAAAUCCGCGGGCGAGUGAACCUCGAGCAAUUGCGCCUUGCUCUCAUUCAGGUUUUCAACAGACAUGGCUCGCUGCGAACACGCUUCUUCUCUGACGAGCAUGAUACACUCAUGCAAGGUGUCCUUGCUGCAUUCGCUUGGGAGCCUCAGAUGAUCAUGAGCGGGACUGAUGACAUGGCUCGCGACGAGUUUGAGAGGAUGAAGACCACCGUCUGGGACCUUUCGAAUGGACGCACAUUUGGUGCUACUGUUAUUAGUAUGGAUUCUACUCGCACGAUGCUCAUUUUUGGUUAUCAUCAUAUUGUUCUGGAUGGAGUCAGUUGGCAUAUUUUCCUUCGAGACCUCGACCAUGCAUAUCAAUCCAAGCGGUUGCCACUCUGUCUGGAUUACUGCGAUUAUUCGGAAGAGAUGCUACGCUCGAGCCGCGUGGGAGCGUAUGACGAAGAUAUUGCUUUUUGGCGGCUGCAGCACAGUCGACUCCCAGACGUUAUGCCUCUGCUGCCGACGGCGUGUGUUGCAGAGCGACAAGCUCUGCACCACUAUGACAGCCACAUUACUAGCUACAGGCUCGACGUCGAUGCGUGUCGAAAGAUCAAGCAAGCAAGUAUGAGGCUCCGAGCCACUUCGUUCCACUUUCACUUGGCUGUCAUCCAGACCAUUCUAGCACGGUCUCUCGACCGCAGUGAUCUAUGCAUCGGAAUUGCAGACGCCAACAGGACAGACGACCGUUAUUCCAACACUGUGGGCUUCUUUCUCAACUUACUACCCGCCAGAUUUGACGUGCAAAAGGACCACUCCUUUGGGGAACUGGUUCGCAAGACAUCAAAGACUGUUUUCGCAGCGCUCUCUCAUUCCAGUGUACCAUUCGAUCUCAUCUUGGAUGCUCUCAAAGUGCCACGGUCGCCGAAGCAUAAUCCCCUCUUUCAGGUCGCUGUCAAUUACCGCAUGGGAGAUGUGAUGCAGCGAGAUCUCGGUGAUUGCAGCCUACUAUUCAGCUCCGCUCAAGAUGCGAGAAAUCCAUAUGACUUCAGCUUUAACAUCACGGAGCAAUCUGAUGGCACAUCCCUGCUCGAGGUGAUGGCGCAAAAGCAGCUCUACUCUAGCACCGCAUCGCAAUCACUCUUGGACACAUACGUUGACCUUCUAGAUCAGGUUUCAUCAGAUUCUAGUAUCCUCGUUAAGGAAUGCUCCAUCGUACGACAGUCAGCUGUAUCGAGAGCGCUGGAGCUAGGGAGAGGACCGCGAAUGCAGUUCGAUUGGCCGGCGACGCUUUCUCUACGAUUCGAUGACAUGGCUGUCCAGCACGCCGAUGACCCUGCUGUGAUUGAUGGUGGAGCUGGUACAAAUAUCAGCUAUGCGGACCUGAAGAUCCGAGUGGACUUGCUCGCCACGGCCAUCCUGGAGUCCGGUGCGCCGCCAGGGACGCGAGUGGCCGUCUUGUGCCGACCAUCGCAGGCGGUCAUCGUGUCGAUGCUCGCAGUGCUCCAAAGCAGAAUGGUGUACGUGCCUCUCGAUCCAAUUCUGCCGCAAGCACGGCAUAGUGUAAUGGUUCAGGAUUGUCAUGCAGGUCUUCUCCUGUUCCACAGUGACACUGCUGAGGAUGCCGACACGCUUUUCGAGAAUUCGACAUUCUUGUACAAUGCUAUUAACGUCGAGACAAUGACCACCAGGACAGUCGCCUCUGUACAUCCACCGCGAGUCUCGGAUCAUGUGUCGGGCUUUCUACUGUACACUAGCGGAUCCACGGGCAAGCCUAAGGGGAUUUUGCUGUCACAGGAGAACUUUCGGAACCAUAUCGCAAUCAAGACACACGAGCUGGAUAUCGGGAGAGAGAUCGUCCUGCAGCAGAGCUCGUUGGGCUUUGACAUGGCUAUCGUUCAGACUUUAUGUGCACUCGCCAACGGCGGGACUGUCGUCGUCGCUCCCGCCCAUAUUCGCGGAGACCCUGUAGAGUUGUCCAAGCUGAUGUUGGCGCACAGUGUCUCAUUCAUCAUUGCUACUCCCUCGGAGUAUCUGAUGAUGCUGCAUUAUGGGCGUGAGUUCUGGGAGCAAUGUGUCUGCUUACGGCAUAUUUGCAUGGGAGGCGAGCCUGUGCAACAAGAGCUUCUACGAGAACUGCAAGCAUUGCCGCAGGCGUCGACGCUACAAGUGACGAACUGUUAUGGGCCCACAGAGAUUACGGCAGCAGCUACUUUCAGUUCAGUUUCUUUGGCAUCAAUUGAAAUGGAUUCGACUCGUGGACAGAGCUUGGUGGGCAAGGUACUCCCCAAUUACUCGGUAUAUAUCAUGGACCAGACCGGAGUUGCACUUCCCACAGGUAUGACGGGUGAAAUAUGCAUCGGUGGCGGUGGUGUCGCUCUCGGAUAUUCGGGAGAAGCAGAAUCUCAUCAAACACAAUUUCUGCCGGAUCCUUAUGCGUCGGAACACGAUCGGGCCCAAGGAUGGACACUCAUGUAUCGCACGGGGGACAAGGGCUGGUUAUCAGAUGAGGGCAAUCUCUAUCUGGUUGGGCGAAUCGAUGGCGACAACCAGGUCAAAUUGCACGGCCAGAGAAUCGAGCUGGAUGAAGUGGCGACUCAGCUCCGGCGACAGGCUGAGGGCAAAUUUGCUGAGAUCAUCGUCUCCGUCCGUGGAGAUCCCGCGUUCUUGGUGGCACAUGUGGUCUUUGCAUCUGGUAUGAGCAUGACGUCCAUGGAUCUGGCUGAGCUGGCUCGAAAUUUGCCUCUUCCUCGAUAUAUGAUUCCGGCUGCCAUCAUACCGGUGAACCACCUCCCGAUGACAGUAAACGGAAAAGUCGAUCGCAAGGCCAUUGAGAGAUUGCCAUUACCGAACGUGGACGAGGGAAAGCUAGAGACUGAGGAAGAAGAAGAAGAAGAAGAAGAAGAAGAAGAAGAAGAAGAAGAAGAAGAAGAAGAAAAAGAAGAAGAAGCGCGGCGUCCAUUGACGCCCCUCGAAGCCAGUUUGAGGCUCAUCUGGCACGAAGCGUUGCCACAAGGCUGCCCAAAUGAUGCCCAUGCGGAUUUCUUCAUGCAUGGCGGCAAUUCGAUUCUCCUUGCGAAAUUGCAAGCACGCAUCAAACAGUCUACCCACAUUCAUGUACCCAUCGUGGAUCUCUAUUCCUCGAGCACUCUCUGCAGCAUGGCGACUCGAAUCGGCGCGGGCAAGCAGGAGGAUCUCUCUCAAUCUCCAGCAAUCGAUUGGGUGUCUGAAACAGCGACUCCACCAGGUCUACUCGCGUUGAAUAACGGACAUGGCAUCGAUCGCAUGCGUAAUGAGGCUGGUCAAGGUAGUCUGCGGGUGCUGUUAACAGGAGCGACGAGCUUCGUCGGAAAAGCGCUCUUGAAGGCAUUAUUGGCACAUCCUCGCGUCACUAUGGUGCAUUGCAUUGCUGUGCCAAAAGAGGAAGAAGAAGAAGAAGAAGAAGAACAAAAGAAGCUCAUCCUUCUUUCAUCCACAAUCAAAAUCUACACCGGAAGCCUGCUUCAACCCAACCUCGGCCUGUCGCAAACCGAAUACACACAUUUGCAAGAAAACAUCAACAUCAUCAUCCACGCGGGUGCAAUGGGUCAUUGCCUCAACAACUACUCUUCCCUCCGCAUACCCAAUCUAGCUUCUACACGUUUCCUCGCCACACUGGCCGUUUCUGCUUCUGCUUCUGCAAAUUCCCACCGCCAAAUCCCCUUCCACUACAUCUCCUCCAACCGAGUCACUCUACUUUCCGGCUCGACCACUUCUCCCCCCGUCUCCCUCGCCGGCCAAUUUCCCCCGACAGCAGCAGCAGCAGAAGGAGGGUUCACAGCUUCCAAAUGGGCCAGUGAACGUCUCUUGGAGAAUUUUUCGCACGAUAUUGGUCUCUCGGUGGUGAUUCAUCGCGCGUGCGCUCCGGUUGGAAAGGAAGCACCGAGUGAAGAUGCUUUGAAUGCAUUGUUGAAGUUUUCGAGAAUGAUGCGUGCGGUUCCGCGGUGGGAGAAUUUUGAAGGGUAUUUUGAUUUUAAGGAUGUGCAUGAUAUUGCGGAGGAUAUUGUUUUUGCGGUGAUGAGGGAUGGGGAGGGAGGGGGAGGAGAAGGAGAAGAAGAAAAAGAAACUGGAAAGAAACAGGAAUCCUCCUACCCACGCCUACUCCCACUCCUCCGAUUCGUCCAUCAUUCCAGUGGUAUUCGAAUCCCCAUCUCAGACCUCCCUGGGCACUUACAGCAACAGGAGGAACAUCUACAACAACAACAACAACAACUACAACAACAACAGCAGCAGCAGAAAAACCAAAACCAAAACCACAUCCUCACCUCUCCUCCAUACGAACAACUUCCCGUCGAAGAAUGGAUUGAACGGGCACUGAAGGCGGGAAUUGAUCCUCGAAUUGCUUCGUAUUUGGAUGCUGUUGUGAGGAGGAGAGAGGUGGUUCGGUUUCCGUUCUUGGGGGCGUGA